AUGGCCAGGCCCCGCAAGAACGCCGGCACCGACGAGGAUCCUAACACCGCCGCCACGGGCGUCAGCGUCAGCGUCACCGGGAAGCCGAAGCUGAAGCGUGCGCGGAGGAAGAGCAGCGAGCCGCGGGAGAGCCCCUCCCAGCGCAGCUCCGCGUACCGCGGCGUCACACGACACCGGUGGACGGGGCGGUUCGAGGCGCACCUGUGGGACAAGGACGCCCGCAGCGGCUCCCGGAACAAGAAAGGCAAGCAAGGCGCGUACGACGACGAGGAAGCGGCGGCGCGCGCGCACGACCUGGCGGCGCUCAAGUACUGGGGCCCCGCCACCGUUCUCAACUUCCCGCUGUGCGGCUACGACGAGGAGCUGAGGGAGAUGGAGGGGCAGCCCAGGGAGGAGUACAUCGGGUCGCUGCGCCGGCGGAGCAGCGGCUUCUCGCGUGGGGUGUCCAAGUACAGGGGCGUUGCCAGGCAUCAUCACAACGGGAGAUGGGAGGCGAGGAUCGGCCGCGUGUUGGGCAACAAGUACCUCUACCUCGGCACUUUCGCAACGCAAGAGGCGGCGGCGGUGGCGUACGACAUCGCAGCUAUAGAGCACCGUGGCCUUAACGCGGUCACCAACUUCGACAUCAGCCACUACGUCAAUCACUGGCGUCGACACUGCCAUGGCCCCUGCGACGACAGCCUCGGCGUGAUGGACGUCGUCCCGUUCCAGCUACCAGAUGACCUGCCCGAGUGCCCGGCCGCCAUCGGCCUCGAGGAGACCACGGGCGACGCGGAAUUCCACAACGGCGAGGAGGGCUACCUGCAGCACCACACCAGCGGACCCUUCGGCGCGCAGCAGCAGCUUCCUGACGAGAUGGGAGCGCCGGCUCAUCAAAUGGCACCAAAGUCGUCGGCGCUCGACAUGGUGUUGCAGUCUCCUAAGUUCAAGGAGCUGAUGGAGCAGGUCUCCGCGGAGGCGGUGGCCUCCGAGAGCAGCAGCGGCGGCAGCAUGAGCAGCAGCUCGCCGUCGCCGUCUUUGUCCUCGUUCUCGCCUUCGCCUCUGCAGCUGCCAUCGCCGUCGUCUUUGUCCUCGUUCUCGCCUUCGCCUCUGCAGCUGCCAUCGCCGCCGCUGCAGCAGCAGCAGCCUGAGUUCACCGAAGGCGCGCCGGCUCGGUGCAGCUUCCCGGACGACGUGCAGACGUUCUUCGAUUUCGAGAACGAAAACGACAUGAGCUUCGUCUACGCGGAGGUUGACACGUUCCUCUUCGGGGACCUGGGCGCGUACGCUGCACCGAUAUUCCACUUCGACCUAGACGUGUGA